CGUGUCACGUCGUCGUCUGCAAUUUCGGGCACCUAAGCGGCUAAGCUAUCACCGUCUCUGUAUGGAUGGGAUUCUCUAUUUCUCAGCUCACUCCCUGAUGCUUAUUUCUCCACCGUCGUUGAAACACAAAAACGGUUUCUAUUUUAUUUUAAAUUCGUACAAUCUCCGUAAAAGCAACUUUUCGUCGUGGCCUAAGCCGCGCGAAUCUCCCGUGACAGAGACCUCUCUCUAUCUGCCAUUCACCGCUUCCACUUGACAGUCAAAAUUUUCUAAGCGGAAUAGCUCAAAACUGCCCGCAUUUGAGGUUGCUGCCAAGUUUAUAAAUAUUUCCUACAUUUGAUCGUAAUCCCCGUUCUCUCCCCGAUUCUCGAGCAGGUGAAGAUGGGAGUCAAAGCAUUACUUGUCACCCUUUUCCUUUCAUGUCUUUUAUCUCCUCUUGCUCUUUGCGCUUCAAAUGAUGGACUGCUCAGGAUGUCACUCAAAAAGAUGAAACUCGAACAUAAAGACCUUCUUGCCCUCAGUAACAGGGGAAGGUCAUCUAGUUUGAAGUAUGAGUUCCAUGGUGGAUUGAGGAAUUCAGAGGAUACUGAUAUUGUGGGACUAAAGAACUACAUGGAUGCUCAAUACUUUGGAGAGAUUGGCAUUGGUACCCCACCUCAAAAAUUUACUGUCAUCUUUGACACAGGGAGUUCCAACUUAUGGGUGCCAUCGUCAAAGUGUUAUUUCUCACUUUCCUGUUUCUUCCAUUCGAAAUACAAAUCAACCCACUCCAGCACCUAUAAGAAGAAUGGAACAUCGGCUGCAAUUCAAUAUGGUUCUGGAGCAAUUUCUGGCUUCUUCAGCAAGGAUAAUGUCCAAGUUGGUGAUCUUGUUGUAAAAAAUCAGGAUUUUAUUGAGGCAACUAGAGAGCCAAGUCUGACUUUUAUCGUGGGCAAGUUUGAUGGUAUACUGGGUCUAGGGUUCCAGGAGAUUUCUGUUGGAGAUGCUGUUCCUGUUUGGUACAACAUGAUGGAUCAAGGUCUAGUUAAUGAGCCGGUCUUCUCAUUUUGGCUCAACCGGAAUUCAGAAGAUGAAGAGGGGGGAGAGAUCGUAUUUGGCGGGGUAGAUCCCAAACACUACAAAGGGAAACAUACCUAUGUUUCAGUGACACAAAAAGGUUAUUGGCAGUUUGAUAUGGGCGAUGUUCUCAUUGAUGAUAAACACACAGGGUACUGUGGCAGUGGAUGUGCUGCAAUAGCGGAUUCAGGGACUUCUCUCAUAGCUGGCCCAACGCCUGUGAUAACAUUGAUCAAUUAUGCCAUUGGAGCCUCUGGCGUAGUGAGCCAAGAAUGCAAGGCUUUGGUUGAAAAUUAUGGGACAAGUAUGGUUGAUUUGCUUUUAAGAGAGGAAAACCCAAAGAAGAUAUGCUCCAAAAUUGGGUUAUGCACGUUCGAUGGAACUCGUGGUGUAAGUAUGGGGAUUGAGAGUGUUGUUCCUGAAAAGGAAGGGAGGUCAAAUGGGAGAGGUGAUGCUGAGUGUGAUACUUGUGAAAUGGCUGUCUUUUGGAUGCGAUCUCUACUUCUCCAGAAUCGCACAGCAGACCAAAUCUUGUCUUCUGUCAAUGAGUUAUGUGAGCGGCUCCCAAGCCCAGUGGGAGAAUCGUCAGUUGACUGUGGACAGCUUUCUUCAAUGCCUACAGUUUCCUUCACCCUUGGCAAAAAAGUAUUUGACCUCUCCCCUGAUGAGUACAUACUAAAGAUUGGUGAGGGUCCGGCUGCCCAAUGCAUAAGUGGGUUCACAGCGCUAGAUGUCGCUCCUCCACGUGGACCUCUUUGGAUUUUGGGAGAUGUUUUCAUGGGGCGUUAUCACACCGUCUUUGACUACGGCAAUCUGCAGGUUGGAUUUGCCGAAGCUGCUUAGUGCCCCCGCACACGGCCGUGUUUCGUCAUGUCUAUGUAUAUGUUUGUGUCCUUGAACAAUCUGUGUGAAUUGAAUCUUUCAACAAGGUGAAGCUUCCUUGAAUUCUCACAUUUUAUAAGUUGACACAGAUCAAAGGUGAAGUAAUGCCUAAAAAAUAACCAUUUUAAACAGUCUCGUCUACAUUUUCAUUUGCCAUUUUAGAUUUUCCAUUAAUCUCGAGAAUUCUUCCCACUUUCCUUUUUGGGCCGUUCCC